GAUGAUUGGCUGAUACUGGCUCGAAUAUCUUAUCCGUUAAUCCUCAUGACUCCUUAACUAACAUCUGAGUGAUAUCUUAUAAGACGAGCUUAGCUUAUAUAUUUCUCAAAUUUCAUGAAAUCACACCGGUGCUAAUUCUGAGAAUAUCUCAUCUCCAUUCCGUGACAGGCAUGCCCGAAUUCGAAUUCGUGAACGUGGCUCGUCCCGGCGACGUAAAACGCCACUCCACUAAGAUCCGCCGUCAUGUCAUGAAAGAUAUCGGCAAGGCUCGUCGGAAACCGCGGGCAAAGACGCGAAGAGAAGUGGUCAUUGGAGAGAAUAGUCCUCCCGCUGUUACGGACGGGGAUACGUCGCAGAGGGGCAGCUCAUCUACAACUUUAGUUCUCCCAAAUCCAAGGGGGGACAGUAUAUUACAGACGCUGCCGUAUCCAAUCGAUAUGAACGAGGAACGGUUAAGUCUCAUUCGAUUUAUUGUCGACGAAGCAAGAUCUCAUUAUAGACCAUUUCGGUUUACAUGGCUGACGAUGGGAUUGUCGGAUGCGGCCGCUUGGCAUAUUACUCUUGCGAAUGCAGCCUCAUAUCGUACUGCCAGUACGCUACCGCCGGGGUCUACAGCUGAGUAUAGCUGCAGCGUCGAGGCUAUGAAGUGGUAUACGCUGUCGCUGGCGUCCAUUACUAAGAGGCUUGCGGACCCUAACGAGAAAGACAAGGAGGGGCUUAUAGUUGCUAUUACUGGAUUUAUAUGCCACGACGCUACAAUAGGUAACUUCAAUCGCCUUAGUAUUCAUAUGGAAGGCCUUCAGCGUAUCAUCAAUAAAAAAGGCGGCUUGGAUACUCUAAGCAGUCCCUUCCUGCGAUUUAUGAUAUCCUGGCUCGAUCUAAUCGGAGCAACAUACUGCAACAUCAAGCCACGUUUCAGCAUCCCAGAAGGUUCCAUCCGAGAAAUCGACACCGGCAACGACUCCCAAUACCUAGACCAACUCCUCAGCUCCUGGGACGCGGACUGUCCCGCCCUAGGCGACAUCAUGAGCGCCAUGAAAGCAACCGCCGCCGUCGCCAGCUACAUCAACCACCGGCCCGCGGGCGACGGGUUCUGGACCGACGACGUGGCCAUCGCGCGGCUGCUAGGCCCUGCUUUCCACGAGAUCCUAUCGCUGGAAGGCCGCGCCCUGCCCCACGACACCUCGGACCCAAAGUACUCGGCGACCGCGGCCCGGGAAGCCUUCCGGCGGGCGGCGCUGGUGCUCCUCGCCGCGGUGAAGGUGAAGAUGGGCGCGGGCGCGCUCGAAAUGGACAGGCAUCUAGAUGCGUUCAGGCAGAUAUCGCAGCUGCCGCUGGUCGAUUGGGGCGUGGUGCCGGAGUUGAAUCUCUGGGCUCAUAUUAUUAGCGCGAUGCAGGAGGAGAGUCCGAGUCGGGCCUGGCAUAUCUUGACUAUUGUGGGCAUUAUGGAGACUAUGGGAUUGCGGACUGGCGGCCAGGCUGUUGGUAUUGCGCGGGGGGUUAUUUGGGUGGAUGCGAUUGAUGUAGGGAAGUCGGAUUUGCUGUGUCGGGAGAUUGAUGGGUAUUUGGAAGCUAGUAUGUUGCGAGGGCUGGGGGAUGUGCCUUUGGAUUCCCGGCUUGAAGAUUUUUCUGGAGAUGUUGAGAGUUAAGAGUUGAG